AUUUAAUCCCACACCUGCUUAGACAAACAAGUUACCUACUACCCAACAUCGCGCUCACUCUUUGUCCAUUUAGCCUACUCGUCGUACUGGGUCGUCUUACGUCGAGUGUCCUCAGAGACCCUUGUGACAAGUUGCACUUGGAUGCUCUCCGCAAUCAUGGAUUUAAGCAGCAAGAUCUGCAGCGUUGUGGUCCUUUUGACUGUGACUGCUAUUAGUUCCAAAUCAGAGUCCAAUGUUGCCUGGGAAAUCCAACGUUAUGACGGCUGGUACAAUAACUUAGCUUAUCAUAGCCGUGGAGCAGCAGGUGAGUCGCUGACGCGCCUUCUCCCCGCGCGGUAUUCGGACGGGGUCUAUCAGGUGCGCGGAGAGCCUCGGCUGCCCAACGCGCGCCGGGUUAGCAAUGCUGCCAUGCGAGGCCCAUCGGGGCUGCCCUCCUCCCGGAACCAGACCGUCCUUUCGUUGUUCUUCGGCUACCACGUGGUGUUCGAGGUCCUGGAGGCCCGGCAGCCUGGCUGUCCCCCUGAGUUCCUGGACAUCCCCGUUCCUGAGGGAGACCCUGUGUUCCGCUGGAACGCCACCCCCGCCCCCCUGCUCCGCUUCCAGAGGGCCUCCUGGGACCACCACACGGGCAAGAGCCCCAACAACCCCCGCACACAGGUGAACCAUGUGUCCUCGUGGAUCGAUGGCAGCUCCGUGUACGGCUCGUCCAGCUCUGGGGUCGACGCGCUUCGUAGCUUCUCGUUGGGCCAGCUGGCGACUGGCUCCGAGUGGAACCUUCCGAAGAAGGGUGGAGGAGGGAACCUGAUGUGGAGCGCACCCAACCCUAGCACCCGUGAGACCGGCCCCGCGGGUCUCUAUGUGCUGGGGAAUAGCUGGGCCAAUGAGAAUGUGUUUACUCUGGCGGAGGGCGUGCUGUGGUUCCGUUACCAUAACUACCUGGCGACCAAGCUGCAUGUGGCCCAUCCAGACUGGUCUGACGAACAGCUGUUCCAGGGGGCCAGGAAGAAGCUCAUCGCUACGCUGCAAAGUAUUGCCUUGUAUGAAUGGCUGCCCAGCUACCUGGGGGACCCUCUGCCUCCUUACCCAGGUUAUCAGAAAUAUGUGGAUCCUGGAAUCUCCCCUGAGUUUGCUGUUGCAGCCAUCCGGUUUGGCCUGACUCUGGUGCCCUCUGGUGUUUAUAUGAGGAACCGUAGCUGCCACUAUAGAGCCGUUGUCAACGAUGACGGCACCACAUCUCCAGCCAUGCGCUUGUGCAACAGCUUCUGGAACCGACACAACCCCAAUCUGCAGACCGCUGCGAACGUGGACGAACUGAUUCUGGGCAUGGCGUCUCAGAUUGCUGAGAGAGAGGACAACGUCAUCGUGGAGGACCUCAGAGACUACAUGUAUGGUCCAUUGCGUUUCUCCCGCUCGGAUGCGGUUGCCAUGACGAUCCAGCGAGGCCGGGACUUUGGCCUGCCCAGUUACACCAGGGUCAGAGAGGCCCUCAACCUUCCACCACUGAACACCUGGGCAGACCUCAACCCUGAGCUCAACCGGUCCAAUCCACAGCUGUUUACGGAGCUGUCAGAGCUGUACGGGAAUGACCUGUCCAGUCUGGAGCUGUUCCCCGGGGGCCUGCUGGAAGCGGUGGGUGGCCCUGGGCCUGUGUUCUCCACCCUCAUCUCCGAUCAGUUCCAGCGCAUCCGGAAUGGAGAUCGGUUCUGGUUUGAGAACAGGCAGAAUGGAUUGUUCACGGAAGAGGAAAUCUUAUCUAUCCGUAACACCACGUUCCAUGAUGUUAUCGUCGCUGUUACAAGUGUAGAGCCUGAAGACAUUCAGAAUGACGUGUUCUUCUGGAGAAAUGGUGACCCUUGUCCUCAGCCCGAGCAGCUGAAAGCCUCAGGCCUGCCCCCCUGUACUCCUCCCUUCUCCAUGGACUACUUUGACAGCGGCAGCAAAGCUGGCUUCGGCAUCCUGGUCAUCGUUCUUUUCCUCUUCCCUGUCGUGAGCUUCCUGGUGGCCAUUGGCGUGGCCUUCUUCAGGAAAUACAGAUUUAAGAAGUUCCAGAAGAUGUCAAACUCGUCAAAAAAGGACAACAAGUCUUUCACUGGGAUUACAGCGGAGGAAUGGCAGGGUCUGGACGAGGCAUCCCAGAGUGUGUGUUUGGAGCUGGACGAGCAGCUGCGUCUGCAAGUGUGUGUGCCUGCGGGUGGUCUGCUGCGUUCCCUGAACCUGGGCGGCCAGAGUCCGCUGACCCUCCUGCUGUCCAGCGACCGCCAGCAGCGCACCCUCCUGCUCAAAGUGCCCAAAGAGUACGACCUGGUGUUGCUGUUUGAGGAUGAGGAGCGUCGGGCGGCGUUCCUGGGUCUCCUGCACUCCUCCCUGGGGGAGCAGGAGCAGCACAUCAGCAUGAGGAGCAUGAGUGAGAAGGACCUCCUCAGGGAGGCCGUCACCAGAGCGCAGAGGGCCCAGAUAGUGGAGGUGUUCUUUAGACAAGCGUUCGCCAAGGUGCUGGAUAUCGAUAAGCGCGACGCGGGGGACCUAAGGGGCCUGUCCAGCAGCCGGACGCGAGAGGCGCUGCAGUGCGAGCUAUCCGGGUCAGAGUUCGCUGCUGCUCUCGGGCUCAAGCCCAGCUCGCUCUUCGUCCAGUCCAUGUUCACGCUGGCCGACAAGGAUGGCAACGGAUACCUGUCCAUGCAGGAGUUCCUGGACGUCAUUGCCAUCUUCAUGAAGGGUUCCCCAGAGGAGAAGUCCAGGCUGCUGUUUGCGAUGCAUGACAUUGAUGGAGACGGCUUUAUGUCCAGAAAGGAGUUCUCCACAUUACUCAGGUCAUUCAUGGAGAUCUCCAGUAGUUGUCUGUCUAAGAGUCAGGGACAGGAGGUGAUUGAGGCCAUGCUUAAGGCUGCGGGGUUCGAAGCCAAAGAGCAGAUCACCUGGGAGGACUUCCACCUUCUCCUCAAAGACCACGAGAACGAACUCCAGUUCGCUCAGCUCAACAUUAAAGGGAUGGAAAUGGAGGGAAAGAACCGAAUUAAUCAGCAGCACAGAGUGUCUUUCAUCACCAGACAGAAGAACCGCCCAUCAGCAGAAGAAAACAAAGAUUUCCUAAAUGGUUCCACUGGCAGUGACGGUGCAGAGCUUCGCAGAAGGCACGGAAAAAGGAUGGGCCUGUCCAGUGCUAAGCUGUACGUGAAGCCGCAGAGAGAGCGCUACACCAGGAACCCUGUCCAUCAGAAAGUCCAGCAGUUCAAACGCUUCGUGGAGAACUACCGGCGGCACAUCGUCACGUUCUGUAUCAUCUAUGGCAUCAGUGCAGGAGUAGCUCUGGAAAGGUGCUACUACUACGGCGUGCAGGCCGUCUCGUCGGGUGUCCCCGAGACCUCGGCGGUGGGCAUCGUGGUGUCGCGCGGGUCAGCGGCUGCCAUCUCCUUCCUGUUUCCCUACAUGCUGUUGACCGUGUCCCGCAACCUCAUCACCAAGUGCCGCGAGACGUUCCUGAACCGCUACAUUCCCUUCGACGCCGCCAUCGACUUCCACCGACUCAUGGCCAUGACCGCCAUCAUCCUGACAGUGGUGCACAGCCUGGGUCAUGUGGUCAACCUGUACGUCUUGUCCAUCAGCGAGCUCAGCAUCCUCGCCUGCCUCUUCCCACAGGUGCUCUCCAACAACGGCUCGGAAAAGCCAAUGGCAUGGACAUUCUGGUUCUUCCAGACAGUUCCAGGCAUGACGGGGAUCCUCCUCCUCCUAGUCCUGUCCUUCAUCUAUGUGUUUGCAUCGCGCUAUUUCAGACGGGUCAGCUUCCGAGGCUUUUGGGUCACUCACUACCUCUACGUCUUCGUCUACCUGCUGACGGUGAUCCACGGGAGCUUCGCCCUCCUGCAGCAGCCACGUUUCUACAUCUACCUGAUCCCUCCUGCCCUGCUCUUCCUCUUCGACAAGCUCAUCAGCCUGAACCGCAAGAAGGUGGAGAUCCCCGUGGUGAAGGUCGAACUCCUGCCCUCAGGUGUGACGUACCUGGAGUUUAAGCGGCCGCAGGGCUUUGUGUACCGCUCGGGCCAGUGGGUCCGUGUGGCGUGCCUGGACCUGGGUACGGACGAGUACCACCCCUUCACACUGACCUCGGCGCCCCACGAGGAGACGCUGAGUCUGCACAUCCGUGCUGUCGGGCCCUGGACCAGCCAGCUCCGUGAAUCCUACUCUCCACAGAGGCGCCAGGAGGCGGGGGGGUACCCAAAGUUGUACCUGGACGGGCCCUUCGGAGAGGGCCACCAAGAGUGGACAGACUUUGAGGUGUCUGUCCUCGUGGGCGGCGGCAUCGGAGUCACGCCCUUUGCUUCCAUACUAAAGGACCUGAUCUUCAAAUCCUCAGUCAAAUUCAAGGUCCAGUGCAAGAAGGUGUAUUUCAUCUGGGUGACGCGCACGCAGAAGCAGUUUGAGUGGGUGUCGGACAUCAUCAGGGAGGUGGAGGAGGCGGAUGUGCAGGACCUCGUCUCUGUGCACAUCUACAUCACCCAGCUGGCCGAGAAGUUUGACCUCCGCACCACCAUGCUGUAUGUGUGUGAGCGGCACUUCCAGAAGGUGUGGAAUCGGAGUAUGUUCACAGGGCUGCGUUCCAUCACCCACUUUGGCCGCCCCCCCUUCCUGUCCUUCUUCAGCUCUCUGCAGGAGGUCCAUCCUGAGGUGGGGAAGAUCGGCGUGUUCAGCUGUGGCCCCCCUGGUCUAACCAAGAACGUGGAGAAGGCCUGCCAGCAGAUAAACAAACGGGACCAAGCCCACUUCAUACACCACUACGAGAACUUUUAAAGUUUCUGUUCCAAAGUCCACUUCAUACACCACUACAAGAACGUUUAAAGUUCCUGUUCUGAAGCCCACUUCAUGCACCACUAUGAGAACUUUUAGAGUUCCUAAUCCCAAGUCCACUUCAUGUACCACUACGAGAACUUUUUAAGUUCCUGUUCUCUAGCUAAUUUUAUGCACCACUACGAGAAUUUUUUAAGUUCCAGUUCAAAAUCCCACUUCAUGCACCACUACAAGAACUUUUACAGUUCCUGUUCUAAAUCCCAUUUAUUGCACCAAUACUAGAACCUGUAAAGUUCCUUUUGAAAGGCCUGCUUAAUGCACAUGAAAACAUUUGUCAUGACGAGAGCUAAAUGUUGUGUGUUUACAUGGAUACUGUGACAGUUAUCAUCUCUUAUUUGGAUGUUCUACCUGGGUUCAGUGUAGUGCCUGACUGCAAGGCAGGUUCUGGUUCUGGUUCCUGUAAUGAGUUGCUCUAUCCUGUGGUGCUGUUGUGUCCUGCACCUGUGGACUGAUCCCCACGGAUCCUGACCGGCCUGCUUCCACAGAUGCGAGUCUCACUACUGGUUUGCAUCCAUCCUCUGUCCUGUAUCUGAUAUGAGAUGUGUUAAAAUGUAAGAACUCUAUCCUGUAUCUGGUAUGAGAUGUGUUACAAUGUAAGAACUCUGUCCUGUAUCUGAUGAUGUUUAAAAUGCAAGAACUCUGUCCUGUAACUGAUAUGAGAUGUGUUGAAAAUGUAAGAACUGAGUUCGAUAAUAAAGAAUUAAUUUACCACA